ACAGCGGCGGCCGCCGCCCGCGCACCCCCUCCGCGCGGCCCGCCCCGCUCCUGCCCCCGGCCCAACGGCUGCUGAGGGAAGAGGUCGUUGAAUGAGCGGCUGACGGGACGCGGGCAGCGGGCGCCGUUCCGACCACGCUCGGCCCGGCGAGCUGACAGGGGAUCUCCCGCAGCCUCGGCUGGCGGGGCGGGGCGGCGGCGAGGGGAGGAGGCGGACCCCCCGCCUCGGCUUCCCCGCGGCCGCCCCGGCUGGCGGCCCCUCGCGGCGGGCGGCAGGGCAUGUCCGCGGCGCAGGUGUCGGCGGCGCCCGUCGGCGAUCCUGAGGGAGGCGGCCCGGCGGGCAGCCGGCCCCGGGAGUCGGAGCAGCCGCGGCGGCCGGAGCCCAGCUCGCCCCAAGGGGAGGAGGCCGCCGAGGGGGGCGGCCGGGGGCGGCCGGCGGUGGAAGCCCCGCCGCCCAAGGAGAACCCGUGGACGAGGCGCAGAGCCGCGGGGAACAGCCCCUCGCCGCCCGCGGCGGACGGACACCUCGUCCCGCAGGACCCAGAACUACAUAAUUCCACUAAAGUUAUAAAAGCAGCGAAACCCAGGACAAGGAAAUUCAGCAAGGCUGAGGUAUAUCACGAUGAUAUCACAAACUGGCCAACACCGAGUGAAAUAGCAAACAAUGAAUGCAAGACUGUAAGUCACAGUAAGAAGCCAACAAAUAGAAGAGAAAAGGAGGAAAAAUCUGAUCAAAAAAGCAAUAAUGGAAUCAAGGACAAGCCAGAGGCAAAGCCAAAUGGUCCAGGAGAUAAUACUAUCAAAGAUGAAGUUCAAACUAAUAACCAGAGGAAAAAAGGUAACAAGCAGAAAUGGGUGCCACUUCACUUGGAUGAUGUAAGGUCAGACAGUCGAGAAAGACCAGGCUCUCGAACUAGCUCAGGAUUCCUGCUGGAAACAAACAAGUCAAUACCUCAUGACAACUGGAGGAGUGAGACAAGAAAUUGGCGCCGUGAUAGAGAAAAGAAGGAUGAUCAUGAUGAAGUGUGCAGUGUGAGAAGUGAAGGUGGCAGUGUUCGAGGCUUCUCCAGAGGCAGAGGAAGAGGCAGAGGCAGGGGAAGAGGACGAGGCAGAGGAAACCCUAGAAUGAACUUUGAAUAUUCAGUUGGUUAUCAAGAACUGUAUGAUGAAGGGACCGACCAAAUAUUUCAACCUGAGCUUAAUGCUACUGUGUUGUAUUACUAUGGUGACGGAGCAGGCGUGCAGAUGUAUUCUGUGGAUGAAGCACUUCUCAAAGAAUAUAUAAAGCAUCAAAUUUGACGCAAAAAGGAAGAAAAAAGCCUCUUUAAGGGCAGAAAGUAUCUGGCAUGUGGCUAUCAACUUCAAAACUUCUAUUGCAAUCUUUUUUGUUACUUUUGCUGCCAGGCCCCUAUGAGACCUGACAGUGGACAUGUACCCCCAUGUCAGGAUAAUCGGCCUGCACUGUCCUCAGACAAGUGGGGGAGGAGCACAGACACUCCACUGUUGGCCAGAUUUCUGGGCAUGCAGUGUAGAAUCCAGACCUCCUAAGUGAGUAUUAUUUCAGCGCAGAAAAUUUGGAAAGAGACUUCUUUUUGAGGAGAAAGAUGGACCAACAAGGAUUUCUACCUGUUUCACUGAUUGCUAGCUUCCGGCGAAUGCAAGCUCUGACUACAAAUGCUGCACUCAUUUUGGAGGCCAUAAAGGACAGUACAGAAGUUGAAACUGUGGAUCAGAGGCUAAGAAAAAGGGUUGAUCCAGAAAAGUGGCCAAUUCCAGGUCCUCCUCCAUGCAGUCUGCCACCAACUGACUUUUCUCAGCUCAUCAAUUGUCCAGAAUUCGUACCAGGCCAAAAUUUUGGCUCGCAUACUGAGUCUGCACCAAAUUCUCCAAGAAUGGGAAGCCUACUGAGUCCAAAGGAAAACACUGAAACGAGUAAUUUUCAGACAAUGUCUAAAGGACUGUCUACAAGUUUGCCUGAUUUGGACUCUGAACCUUGGAUAGAAGUGAAGAAAAGGCAUCGUGCAUCCACUGUCAAACUAAAGGAGAAUGUUCCUAUACAUGAUCAAACAUCAGAUCAACAGCAGCCACCCCCACCUCCAGAGGAACAAGAACAAGAAGAACUUGAUUUUUUGUUUGAUGAAGAGAUGGAACAAAUUCAAGGUCAGAAGAAUAAAUUUACUGAUUGGUCAGACAGCGAUUCCGAUUAUGAAAUUGAUGAUCAGGACGUCAACAAGAUUUUGAUUGUAACCCAGACACCACCAUAUAUGAGAAAACAUCCUGGAGAUCAUACUGGCAACCAUGUAUGCCAUGCAAAAAUUACAUCAGGACUUGCUAAAGUUAUUAAUGAUGGCUUAUACUAUUAUGAGCAGGAUUUGUGGAUGGGGCAGAGUGAAAAUGACGCCGUGAUGAAGCAAGAGAUUGAGAACUUUAGGAAGCUAAAUCUCGUUAGUAAGGAAGAACGUGAUAGUCUUGCACCAGAGCCAGUUGCUGAUUCAACCCAAGAAGUUCCUCCAGAGUUACAGAAAGGUUUAGCAGCGGAGCUGACUUGUAAUUUGCUAAGUUUUGAAGUACCUCCAAAAGCAGCAGUAGCUCAGUUGCUGCCAACAGCAGUUCCAGAUUCCUCCUGUGUUCACCCUGGCUUUACCCCGCGAACACCUCGCACCCCGAGGCUGCAGGAUCCCAACAAAACACCUAGGUUCUACCCUGUCGUUAAAGAAGCACGCUCCAUUGAUGUAAAGACUCCAAGAAAAAGAAAAACACGGCACAGUACAAAUCCUCCCUUAGAAUCCCAUGUUGGCUGGGUGAUGGAUUCCAGAGACCACAGGCCAAGAACUUCCUCUGUGAGCAGUUCCAAUGCUUCGCCUUCAGAAGGAACUCCACUAGCAGGAAGUUACGGGUGUACUCCAAAUUCUCUUCCAAAAUUUCAACAUCCUUCUCAUGAACUGUUAAAGGAAAAUGGCUUUACUCAACAGGUGUACCACAAAUACCGUCGAAGGUGUCUAAUGGAGAGGAAACGGUUGGGAAUUGGCCAGUCCCAGGAAAUGAACACACUCUUUCGUUUCUGGUCCUUUUUUCUGAGAGAUCACUUUAACAAGAAAAUGUAUGAAGAAUUCAAGCAACUUGCUCUGGAUGAUGCAAAAGAACACUACAGGUAUGGAUUGGAAUGCUUGUUUAGAUUUUACAGCUAUGGCCUAGAGAAGAAAUUCAGGCAAGAAAUAUUCCGUGAUUUCCAAGAAGAAACAAAGAGAGACUAUGAAGCUGGUCAGCUGUAUGGACUGGAAAAAUUUUGGGCUUAUCUAAAAUACUCUCAGCACAAGACUCCAGCUGUUGAUCCCAAACUGCAAGAAUACCUUAGUAAAUUUAAGAGACUGGAGGACUUCCGAGUGGAUCCUCCUAUUAGUGAAGAAUCUGGCCGAAAGAGACCAGUUGCCGCAACAGGUGAGGAUUCAGGUCAUCACAGACAUCACACUAAUUCUUCUAGACCGCUUCUGGCCACUAAACCCACAGCUGCUUGUCAGUGCCAGGCACCAGGAAACAUUACCGGUGGGAAUACUGUGCCAGCAUCCAUAGGCCAUAACAGCACUGCCACGAAAUCUAUAGAAAGCGAUGUACCGGAAAAAUAGACUGAAGACAAGCUUGAACCCUUGAGAAUCAACUUUUACAUCUCUCUCAAUUUGGAGAUCUUCAAGGCGAGCCAAUCUAAUAAGUGAUUAAAAACAUUAUGGGAAGACAGAGGAUUGGAUUCACUUUUUCGCAGGAUUUAGUUCUAAAACACUUACCCUAGGAGAGUUGCUCUUGGUUUUGGGAUCAUCGGAAGGAUCCUAGGGAAGAUUCUUUAGCUUCAGUAUUGCUUUCCUCAAGCUUUUGUUUACAAAGAACUGCAUUCCUUGCAUAUGCAAAAAAUACUUUGGGGAUGCCUUACAUUUCAGCUCAAAUUUCUUAAAAAAGGUAUGAUACACCCAUGUUAUUUACUGUGCUUUACCCAGAUUCUCCCAUUAUUUGUAUUUUACCAAAGCAAAAGAUUAUGUUAUAUAUAGAAUCUUAAAUGUAAAGGAAGGAUCUAUGCGAUUGGUUUGCUCUUUAACUAUUAAAAGUAUGCUUUUGUGCAAAAGUACACUCGAGAACGUGCAGCUAAGUAUGAAACUGCAAUUCUGGAUUCUAUUUAAAGACAUAGUUUCUAUUUUUUUCAGGGUCUCCACAGUAUUUUAUGGAGUAUGGAGUUUGAGUGGACAUAACUGGGAUAGUUUUGCAGGUUAUUUCCUUCAGUACUGAUUCUUAAUAACUCAAGCAGCAGAAAAAUACAGGGAAAAAUGGAUCUGCUGGUUUUGUAGGGUCUUUAACUAACAUACAGUAUCUACAGUUUGUGCAGGUUGUUAAAAUAGCAAAGUAUUCAGAUUAUUCUCAGCUUGAAAGGUGUCUUCAUUGGAAUUCGCUGAUGGGUUUGAAGUACUCCAGCAGGAGAGGCAUCAUUUUUAAAAGUUUCUUUUUUUUUUUCCAUAUUUCGAGUAAUAAAAAUGUGUUUGGAGGGAAACCAGGUAUUCCUUGUAAACUUGAUUUUUUGCUUUAUUUUGCCACAUCUGAAUGAAGUUCUGCUCAAAUGUGCUAGUUAAGCCUAAAUGAUUUCAAACAGGUCUCCAUACUAUUUCACUGAAUGUAAAUUGCUCAAAGACAAAUCCAUUUCUGCAGCUGAAAACUGGGGAGGUUUAUAUCCUGUAAUUUCUUAUUAACUUUGUCCCUUUGUUUUUAAAGACUCGAACUGAGUGGGUACUUGUCUCUUCCGAGGGUAAGUGAGAAUUAUUCCAGCUUUUUGUUAGCCAGCUGCAGAAAACACUUCAGUUAACUUCCGAAGUAAAAGAAGUGACAUCUAACACCAACACCUUAACCCACAAAGGUGUCCCAGCUGACUGAGCAGCCAUGUGUGGGGUUUUCAACUCGCCUCAAAGGUUAUAACAAGUCCCAAUUAAUUUUUAUCCAGCCUUUUGUAAGUAAGUGGCCUGUUCUAAACGAAUUUAAAUGAACACAUCCCAGUAUUUUAAGUAAUAUCCUAUACAUACAUGGAAGCGACGCGUCUCAAUGCUGUGUUUGGUCUGAUCUAUGCCUUUUGCUAUCCAAGAAAAUGAUGUGAAUGUAAAUUUGGAUUGAAAUUGUAUAUACAAGUAAGAGAUUUAAGAUAAUUCCUUUCAGUUUUUCAUUGGGAAACAUGCAGAUUAAGCUUUCAGUGUGUGCAAUUUUGUGAUAUCUUAAAUUUUAUAGCAGCAGCAGCAAACUGAAUAGUGUUGUAUAUCAACUCUUUUUCCCCCACCCCAAAGUGUGAAGAAAAAGAACUUGAGCGUGCCGCAGAUUUGCUUGUGAACUCCCGUUGCCUCUGGUGCACUAAGGUAUCGGGGACACCCAGCCUGCUGAAGGCUGAAGUGGUUCUUGGAAUGUGAGCCCCCCUUCUUCAAGUUCAAUAUUAUUUUCCUUCAUGUGACUGGGUAUUUGUCGAGAAGGAUGACAGGUGAAUGAGAAAUGUGGCUGAAAGCAAA